GAGAAUCCUCAAUCCUAAGUUGUUGUCACCUCACUUGUAACUUGUAAGUACCAACGAACCCAGUGGUUCUGUAACCUUUGAUACCUGUUACCACAUACUAGUUACGAGUGUUACCCUAUUUGUCGAAGGCUGCUUGUUGCAGUUUUUUUUUUUUCUCUCUCUCUCUCUCAUUUAAAAUUGAAUAAAUAAAAAAAUGUCAACCAUAAACAAGGACCAUAUCGUCGAUGAAUCGAACCGUUCAGAAACCAAACUAGUCGAAGAGGAAGAGGAAGAGGAAGACUUACAGAAGCUUCUAGUCCCUGACGUGCAGAAUCUUCCUCUGAUCCCUCCUUCCGCCGUUGAAACCAACUUUGCCACUUACUUCGCCCUAGAUUUUAUGAAGCCAGCUCACGAUCAGUACGUUUACCGCCACGCCAAUGGCUUGUGCGUGAUUGGGUUGGCUCCUUCCCACGUUGCUUUCAAGGAUGAAGGUGGAAUCACAGCCGUUGAUUUCAAUGUUGGAAAGUCUGAUCGCAGCGGGAUGAAAGUCACUGGAAAGCGGAAGAAGAAUGCACAACACUUUGAGUCCAAUACGGCUUUGUGUAAAAUUUCUACCAAAAAUGAUUCUUAUAUUGUGAGAUGUUGCGUCAAAGGCUCCCUUUUGGAAGUCAAUCAACAAUUAAUCAAGCAGCCAGAACUGCUUAAUGUUUCGGCUUACAGAGAAGGAUACAUUGCUAUUAUCAUGCCAAAACCUGCUGAUUGGCUCAAGGUCAAGGCUUCCCUAGUUAGCCUUCAGGAGUACAAGAAAUUGAGGGAAGUCAAUUGAAUCUGGAACAAGAAUGGUGCCAUAAUCGAAGUGCUUACCCCACAUGAUGCUUCAUUUAGUGGGGCCCCAAAUGCUACAAACCGGAUCAAAUUGAUAAAUUUUUAGGUGCAGCAUAUGGCGAAAAACCUUACACCGUGGCCAGAUGAUUAGUUAAAUGAAAUCUCUUAACUCCACGGCCAACCAAGAAUCUCAUGUUAUUGGAUCUACUCCAUUCUUUAGGUUUUUCUCUUUUAUUUUUUGCUUUGUUAUUUUAUUUCUUCUUUUGAACUAUUUAAAUUAAUAACAAAUAAUAAUGAUGAUGACAUGACUUUUGGCCA